AUGAUCUUCAACGUGGUGCUAGAGCGACGGGCACAGGAGGGUCUUGGACUUGCCAUCAAGCGCGGCCAUGCGGGCGAAUGGGCCAAUUGCGGGGCCUUGGUUGUAGACAUUCUAGCCAGUGGUCCUGCUUUUGGAAAGUUAAGGCCGGGAGACGUGAUAAUGUCGGUGAACGGUGUUUCUUUGGAAGGAAAAUCUCACUCGGAAAUACUGGAUCUUCUUCGAAGAGCUGAGGGCAUGGUGACCCUCCUUGUCUAUCGACGAGAGGAAAUGGAGGUCCUGGAAGAGACUCAACGGGCUCCGGCGACUGCGACUUCUACUUCAUGUCAGUCCCUCUUUCUCCCCGACGGUCUCUCCACCGGCUCUCAACAGAGGCAGGCUUCUCCCUCUCCAUGUGAAAUUAUCACCAACGCGACAAAACGCACUCGCAGCAUGCCAGGGUUCGCAAGCCCACAGUUGCCUCCGGCACACGCAGCAUCUUUACCACAACUGUCGGUGCGGUCAGAGGAUCACACCUCCACGCUUACCCGCGACCGACGUCAGGCCAGUCUUCUCAAGGUCAAUCUAGCCAAGCAGAAUCCACAAGAUGGAUUAGGCGUUGAGCUCUCAGGUCAGUUCGUGAUAACCUCGGUUACGCCUGGCGGCAAAGCGCAUCAUGCUGGCAUUCGAGUCGGAGACAGAGUUGUCAAUCUAAACGGGAUAGACACGGCCCACUUGAGCUUGAUUGAUGCCGCCUAUCUGAUGCGCAGGGAGCAGUCGGAUGUCACUCUGCUGCGGGUUGAACAUGAGGGAGAGGAAGAUGAGGAGGAGGAGGAGGAGGAGGGCGCUCGCCUCUCACCAGAGGUCACUCAACUGCCCGUCUGUGACAAUUCUACCCAUCGUGGGCAUCCGUGCUGUAAACUGCAAGAACCACUGCAUGUUUUGACAUCCCCCGCGGAAUACUCCCCGGUCCUGUACAGGCCCAUCCGCACUGGCAUCAAUGCAGAGAAAGUUGGCACUGCAUCCAGUGUUUGGUGCAACUGCCACAUGACUCCGCGAUACCGCGAAGUUUAUCCCGAGACGGCGGCGGAUGAGAGGAAUCCAUCUCCACUCAGCACCAUCGACAAUAGCUUCAAUGCUAAAGACAGUGCUUUCCGAAUGGUUAGCAUUGAUCGUCAUCCCGUGAUUGGCACAGGCAUUCGAAUCAUUGGGGGUAAUGCCGUGGGCAUCUUUGUCUCCGAGGUGAAUGCCCAGUCACCUGCCGCCGAGGCUGGAAUCAGACCCGGGGACGAGAUCAUCUCUAUAAAUGGUGAGUCGGUAAAGUGGAUGACAAAAGCAGAAGCGGCAGUACGAAUUCUUAAGUCAGGAAAGGUGCUGAAGUUGGAGGUGAGAAAAGCGGUUGACAAAUAUGAGGCCUUCAUGAAUGAUAAACUGGGAUCGGGGGAUGACUUCCACGUGAGAGCCGCUUUCACCUAUGUUCCAAGCGUCGUGAAUGGAAGUACUAUGUUGCCAGUUGAUCCGUCGGUACCUGUACCUGCUCUUCACAUAUCGCAUGGAGACAUCUUCCAUGUUACGGACAGUUUACUUGCCGGCUCGUUCACCUCAUGGUUGGCUCAGAAAGUGUUCCCCAGUCAAUCAGCUACUGGAAGCAUUCCUAGCACUGAAAAAGCUCUUCAACUCCUGAAGGCUCAAGUUCCUACAUCUUUUUCUGUGGAAAGACUCAGACCCUACCUUCGAGUGGGUCGUCUAGAUCAUUACCCUUAUCCCCGACCCGUGAUCAUCUACGGUCCACUGGCCGAGAAGGCGAUGCAGUUGUUAGUUGAAGAGAUCUCUACACUCGACGACUGUGAUGGAGAGCCACGAUUCGAGGUUCCUCCGAUAUCAGGGGCUCCACCACCUCCCAGCGACUCCUGGGCAAGUCACCUCUGCUCCAACAGUUCUGGAGUCAUCCGCCUCAGUGCCAUUCAGAUGCUGAUGGAAAAAGGGAAGCAUGCGGUGCUCAAUUUGCGGCCUUCAGCAAUUGAAGGCCUCCUGAGUAGCGGCAUCACCCCCAUUGUCCUUCUCGUGACCGCCGCUAGUGCGCAGCAGAUCCGUGAGGUAUUAGAGCUCUAUAGGCCAAGGUGUCAACGUGGCGUGCGAGAGAUGAGUCGACGCCUUUGGUCGGAUGUGGUCAGCCUGAGUCAGAACAUCUCCCAUCUACUCACCGACACCGUUCCUCUUCUUAGCUCACCCACGCAGAUGCACUUUAACGAAACGGAGUGGAUGCACAACCUCAUCUCCAUCAUCAGGCAUCAUCAAAGCCAACCGGUGUGGGUUGCAGAAGACUCUGUGGCAUUUUGCAAGGCCGGUGAAAAUGUUGUUACUCCAGCUGCAUCGAUCGACGAAUCGGUCUCCGAAAAAAGCGACAUAGGUUCGAGGAAAGAAAUUCACUUCGAAACCAACGGGGGCUACCACGGGGACAUCUCAUCUAUUGGCCGAAGCUCCGAGGAAUGGGGUGUAACGAAUCGCCUAGAGCUGAUGAAGGAUGAACUUGAAACCAGAUUGACGACUAGUGCACCCUCAAAGAAGAAUAAUGAUUUACGUCGAGUACGAAUUCAAUCACCAAGACCGGAUAGCAGAUCAACUCAAACGGAGUCACCAAGAGUUCAGGAGACCAGUAUUAAUACCGUCUCUCAGGGAGAUAGUGAUGAGAAUGAACAGGAGAGGCGAAAAUUUGUUGGUUCGGUUUCAUUGAGACGCCACCGCCCACUCUCUUCACGCAAUGUGCCCUGUGGUCUUAUCUCAGAGCCACAGCACGUCGUGGCUGAGGCCAGUGGCGAGUUCGUCCCAGCCGAGGGAGGGAGCUUACAAAUACCGCAACAUGGUGUCAGACUCUCCAUUCCCUCCGGUGCCAUUCCUGACGAUGGAGAUGGCCAAAAACAGGAGAUUUACCUCCGCGUUUACGAAGGGAAACACCAAAAUGGGGAGCAUGAUGAGAAGGCAGUGAACAGGUCCCACAUAGUCAGUCCUUUGGUGAUGUGUGGUCCACGGGGAUUGCGUUUCCAGAAGCCCGUUACUCUGACGAUGCCGCGUUUCCAUACACACUGUGGGGAAGGCUGUGUGGGCACUGAAGAUGGUACGGGUGGUGUUGAUAGUAAACCUGGGGAUGGAAACUUAAGCAGGAGAGCAGAGACUGAGGAAUUGAUGCAUUCGCUGUCACCAUCGUCAUCGUGGAGCCUACGUGUGAUGCAUGCAGCGACCCAGUCGGAUUGUGCAACCUCUGCCUCCGAGGCGGAGACGCGGCAGCACGGGCUAUGUCAAUGGCGCAUUGCUCCUCCUCCAACAUCAGUUACAGAGGCAUCGAGAUGCUCACCAACACCAACUACCAUCACAUCCAGAUCACAAAGCAGAUUGGAGAGUGACGGAAGUGGAGCUGCGGUGACCUACGAAGUCGCCGACUCAUUUAUCUCUCUCCUCAUCGACCACUUUUGA